CUCCUCGCGCCGCGGCUCGUUCAUGACUUCACGGUGAACGUUACACAAGUUGAGCCGCUUCGAACCGCGACGUCUCCACGACGAACAUGACGGAGAGCUCCGCCAACAAGCUGCUGAACGGGGACGCCUGCCACCGCGCCGCCAACGGCAUCAAAGCCAGCAAAAAUGGCUUCGUGAAGAGCCACUGCCUGCUCCAGCGGCCCCAGAAGUACCGCCGCCCCAGGGAGAAGAACCAGAAUGUCCCUCAUAACCCCAGCUUGUACAAGAAGCCCUUCGUGGAGUCCUUCGAGGAAACUCCUCUGCUGGUGGCCGUGCUCACCUACAUGGGCUACGGCAUCCUCACCAUCUUCGGCUACCUCCGAGACUUCCUCCGACACUGGAACAUCGAGAAGUGCCACGUGGCCCGCGAGCGGGAGGAGCAGAAGGACUUCGUCCCCCUGUACCAAGAUUUUGAGAACUUUUACACCAGGAACCUGUACAUGAGGAUCCGAGACAACUGGAACCGACCCAUCUGCAGCGUUCCCGGGGCCAAGAUGGACCUGGUGGAAAGAGUCUCUCACGACUACAACUGGACAUUUGAGCACACAGGAAAAGUGGUGAAGGACGUCAUCAACAUGGGUUCAUACAACUACCUGGGCUUUGCUGAGAACACUGGAACCUGCGCCGACGCUGCUCUGGAGGCCACACGGACAUACGGAGCGGGUGUGAGCAGCACUCGCUGUGAACUGGGGAACCUGGACAUUCACGAGGAAAUGGAGCAGUUGGUUGCCAGGUUUCUGGGAGUUGAGUCAUCCAUGGCCUUUGGCAUGGGCUUCGCUACCAACUCCAUGAACAUUCCUGCUCUCACCGGGAAGGGCUGCCUGAUCCUGAGCGACGAGCUGAAUCAUGCCUCCCUGGUGCUCGGCGCUCGCCUGUCUGGAUCCACAAUCCGAGUCUUCAAACACAACAACAUGCAGAGCCUGGAGAAGCUGCUGAGAGACGCCAUCGUGCACGGACAGCCCAGAACCCACCGGCCCUGGAAGAAGAUUCUCAUCGUGGUGGAGGGGAUUUACAGUAUGGAGGGGUCCAUCGUACGUCUUCCAGAGGUCAUCGCGCUGAAGAAGCGCUACAAGGCCUACCUGUAUCUGGACGAGGCUCACAGCAUCGGGGCCCUGGGGCCCAACGGCAGAGGGGUGGUGGACUACUUCGGCCUGGACCCCAAGGACGUGGACAUCAUGAUGGGAACAUUCACCAAGAGCUUCGGAGCAGCCGGAGGCUACAUCGGAGGGAGAAAGGAGCUGAUCGAUUACCUGCGACGCCACUCCCACAGUGCGCUGUACGCCACCUCCAUGUCUCCUCCCGUCACCCAGCAGAUCAUCACGUCCAUGAGGAUCAUCAUGGGAGAGGACGGCACCACGCUGGGUGCUGACCGCCUCAGGCAGCUCUCAGAGAACACCACCUACUUCCGCAGGAAACUGCGUGAAAUGGGCUUCAUCAUCUACGGCAACGACGACUCCCCCGUAGUACCCAUGAUGCUCUACAUGCCGGCCAAGAUAGGGGCUUUCGGUCGAGAGAUGCUGAAGAGGAACAUCGGCACAGUCGUGGUCGGCUUCCCGGCCACGCCCAUCAUCGAGUCCAGAGCGCGCUUCUGCGUUUCAGCCGCUCACACCAGAGAGAUGCUGGACACGGCUCUGGGGGCCAUCAGUGACGUGGGCGACCUGCUGCAGCUCAAGUACUCCAGACGCGAGCAGCCGCUGUCCUCUCUGGGAUGGAUGUCCGAGGAGAGUCUCCUGCAGGACUGAGCCUCUCCUGCCUUUUCACCCACGCGUCUCGUUUUAAAAGCCGUUUGACUCUCCAGAACCAAAAUCCUCAGAACCGCCCGAGCUCGGGCCCGAUCCCUAAAGCCCGCUCGUGCGUCGGCAUCCUUUUACUACAAGCUUCACGCAGAGCCUUUCGUUUCGCCCUAACUUAUUGUGACUGCUUAGGUCUAACAGCCCGAUUCCUGUGCGCACAUUGAAUGUGUAUCUCUUUUGUGCAAUAACAACUGUGUCUUUGUAGUCCGAACAGCAAGCCAGGCAGACCUCUGCCUGCUCGUGCACUUGAAGAAAAGGAAAAAAAAAAAAAAUAUCAGAUCGUAGCCGUUGCUAUGAUGCACGUAAGAGAGAGAAAAAGAUGUAUGUAAAUAUUAUUUAUCACAGCGAUGGUCAUACUGCCUUAGGGUAGCAUCCCGAACCUCAAACAGAGAUAGUGGUUUCACAGGGGUCAGCAUGUGUUCUGCAUAUGUGUGUGUCCCACUGCUUCUUCCUCAUCACCCGUACUUGAACAGAGCAAAUAGAUUAUGGGGGUUCUUCCCCCAAACCAAAGGAUGUAUAAGUAUAGAUAUAUUUUCUACCUUUUUCCUCUUCGAUAGAAGCAAAACAGAUGUUCCAGAAGAAAACAUUUAAGAGGGGAGGAAUUCCAGGGAGCGAGACUAAGGAAUAUUUUUUUUACUGCUUAUUUUCUAGAAAUAUUUUUCAGCCUUAUUUACUGUUUACACCUGCACUCGAAAGACUUGAGCCUAGUGUCUUUAACAUUUCUAUAAGCUAAUGAGCUACAUAUGUGAUUUCCCCCCCCCCCCCCUCCCCUUCCUCAUUUGUUCUCACGCAAGUGCUUCUUCACGCGAUUGAGCGAUCCGAGCGCAAAGGACACGGCGCAACUUGGAUCUGUAUGCAUGACGAUGUCGCUCUCAUACCCAUCCGAUAUACAGACCGCUUUAUUUAUUUAAAUUGAGUCACUUUUAUCAAUUUUUUUUUUUUGUGUGUGUGUGUGUGUGUGUGAGGAUCUUAUUAUCUGAAAGGCAGCUCCAGAUGUGCUCUAGUGCAACAAGUGUAUUUGAACUGACCGCUUCACGUUGUCUUAACUUCAGUGCGGCACUACUGACAGGCAUUUCCAGUGCACAGAUGACGUAGCCACUGAAAUCACACGGAUUCGUUUUUGUCUGUUCUUCUGUCGUAAUUUAUCACGAGCGAUGAUCGUCUUCUGGAAACAAAAAAAAAAAAAGAAAGGAAAACAUUCCAUAUCCUUUUACGUGUCAGAGGUUUUGGGUUUACUGUGUGUUUUCUGUGCGGGGUCGCAGUGGAACCUGCAUCUCCCAGUCAGAGAUCCGGUCCGUCGAUAUCUG